GAAGCCGCGGCGGCGCCAGCGACCGCUCGCCGACCUGGCUUCUCUUGCGACUCGCGAGAUUAGUCUUCUGUCCGGCUCGCGGCAGUGCACUACACCGAAGCACGGCGAGAGCAUGGCGGCGGCUGAAGACGGGCCUAGGGGGGGUGCGCAGCUGGAGGCCGUGCUCGUCGGCGAUCGACAGCCCGACGGCGACGUGUCAGUACCCAAUGGGAAACAAUCAGGCACAUUAUUCUCAAAUGUUGUAGAGAGGGCUCGUGAUGCCUUUAAUAGCGGAAAAACAAGAUCUGCAGAUUUUCGUGAAAAACAACUAAAGCAGCUCCUUAAAUUGUAUGAGGAGAAUGAGGAUGCUAUUGUUGCUGCUUUAUCUUCAGAUCUGAGGAAGAGUAAACAAGAGACUAUGCUGACUGAAGUAGAACUUAUGAAAAAUGAUGUUAGAAAUGUACUGAUUCAUUUUAGAGAUUGGAUGAAACCAGAGAAGCCUGAGAAAGGACUUGUUUAUCUGUUGGAUGAUGUUGUCAUUUAUAAUGAACCUUAUGGUGUUGUUCUGAUUUUGGGUGCUUGGAAUUACCCAUUUCAAUUGGCACUAUUGCCUGCUGCUGGUGCUAUAGCAGCAGGUAACUGUCUCAUAAUCAAACCAUCAGAAUUGUCUCCGCACACUUCAAAGCUUGUUGCUGAAUUGGUUCCAAAAUAUCUUGAUCGGGACUGUUUCCAUGUUGUUGAGGGUGGCGUGGCUGAAACAAGUGAACUUUUGAAAGAACGUUUUGAUUACAUUUUUUACACUGGCUCAACACAUGUUGGUAAAAUUGUGGGAGCAGCAGCUAAUGAACACUUGACACCAACAACUUUAGAACUGGGAGGUAAAAGCCCAGUUUACUUGGAUUCUACAGCAAAUAUGGACAUUGCAGUAAAACGAAUUCUUUGGGGAAAGUGCAUUAAUGCAGGCCAAACAUGUGUAGGGCCUGAUUAUUUGUUGUGUACCAAGGAUCUAGAAAAGCGAUUUAUUGCAAUAGCUAAAGAGGUGCUAAGGGAAUGGUAUGGAGAUAAUCCAAAGAAUUCACCUGAUCUUGCUCGAAUUGUUACUGAUCGACACUUCCAGAGGUUACAAGCAUUCCUCAGUAAUGGAACUGUUGCUAUAGGAGGUGAAACUGAUCAGUCAGAAAGAUUUAUUAGUCCAACAAUCCUCACUGAUGUUAAACCAUCAGAACCUGUUAUGCAAGAAGAAAUUUUUGGACCAAUUCUUCCUAUAAUAAAUGUGGACAGUGCUUUUGAGGCUCUCAAAUUCAUAAAUAAUCGACCGAAGCCUUUGACACUUUAUAUUUUUUCAACUGACAAAACUGUACAAAAACUAUUUCUGGAGCAAUCAAGUAGUGGUUCAGUCUGCAUCAAUGACACAGUAUUGCAUUUGGCAGUUGAAGCACUUCCUUUUGGUGGAGUUGGAUCUAGUGGAAUGGGGGCAUAUCAUGGUGUCCAUACUUUCAACACUUUUACUCACAAGAAAAGUUGCUUGGGAAAAAACUUCAAUCAUUUAGUGGAAAAACUUAAUUCGAUAAGGUACCCACCUUACUCAGAGAAAAAAAUAAAUCUUAUAAGUUUUAUAAUGAAGAAACGCCGUGGAAUAAGUUUCAAAUAUAUAAUCCAUUUUAUAAUGUUUGUGUUGGGUGUUUUAACAACUGUUGCCAUCUGGGGAAUUGUGCAGGCAAGCCAAGGAGGGAACUGAGAGAUUUUAAAUUCUUUUACCUCAGAAGGUGACAUACAGUAUCCAGGAAGAGUUCUCUUUCAUUUAAAUAGUAAUACUUAUUAGGUGCUGCAUUAAGAGCGGGAUUUAGUACAAUGGAUGUCAUAGCAACCUGCCAGUUUCUACAGAUGCGUUGCAAGUGUCUCACUGGUUCUUAAGGAAGAUCACUCUUCCUGGUGCAAUUUACCUGAUUUUAUUUACUAUCUCAAAGUAUAGUGAUACACAACAAUCAACACUUUUUGAAGCAGUACUUUGCCAAAAGAAGUACUUGAAUUAGAUCUGUAAACAAUCUUUGAUAUUGGUAUUGUUCUGUAAUAAUAUUGAUUCCAAUUGAAUAUAUAUAUUGUAAAUAUUUUAUAAUAUGUAAAUAAUAUAUAAGUAAGUCAGUUACUGCUGUUUUGUGGAAAAAUGCUGGGUUUUGAUGUAAUAGUUGUAUAAGCAAACACCACCAGCAUUUAUUUAACAUGUUAAGUAAAAUGAAUACAGUAACUUAUCUAUAAGUUAAGAUAUUUCUUUUGCAAAACAGAGAGUGUCAGCAGUAACAAAGAAAGACACCUUUUUUCAGGACAAAAGAGAAUAAAUUCAUUCAUUUGUUCAUUCAUUCACUCAUCACAUUCUAUAAAACCUUUCAUGUAGGACAGCCCUGUGGGGUGUGAAACAAGUAAAGUUAAAUACAUAUGCACAAACAGACACUGCUGGCUACUUCUUUAAACUACACUAACAACAAAUCGUGAUGAACACUAAUCAGUAUGCACAGACAAGAGUGAAAACUAUCAGGAGUGGAGUCCAUUCUAGAACCAAAUGCAGAAAUCUUUUUAAGGAACUCAACAACCAUUGCACAAUGUACAACCAGCCUGAAGUUUUUCAUGAGGAAAAAAGGACCCCUUUUUAAACCUAAUAGGUGAUAUGAAAAUCAUUAUACUGGAAAAAAGAAGCCAUCCACUAUGAGGAUACAAACCUGAGUAUGGUAGUGAAGGAUGUCCAUAUGAGCGGCUGUAAGAUUUUUAAUGCCCCCUACAUAAAGUAUGUGCUUAGUGGAUGAUGCUUCUCUUUCUCUUACAAAAUACUUAAGGCAUGGUCUAUUGCAAUGGUAAUUUUACACUAUAGAAGAGUCCUGAACGACAAUAUCCUUAUAUCUGUAACUCUCAGAUACAUUCACAGUUCCGAAUUUGUGUGGAUGUUUGUUUAUAAUUGUGAACAUAUUUAAAUACUUGUAUGUUUGAUGUGAUGGAAUCUGAGUUACAGAUGUCUAAAUGUGAAAUUGAUUAAUACUAUUUACAUAGUACCAUAGAAUGUAACCACAAUAAACCUGUAAAACGGUCGUUACAUA